GAUCCACAAAAGCUGCAGUUGUAAGAAGAAUAUAAAAGGAUAGAAUUGUUCCUCAGAAUCAACUCCCCAUUAUCUUCUACCAUUCGAUCUUAUACAGUGCUUUCAUUCAAAACCUCUUAGCCACCAUCAUGGUACAGCACGCUCCCAAAACUACAGUUCACCAACUCGCACAAGAGUAUGCACCCAUCAUCAAGGGCAAGACUAUCCUUACGACAGGUGCAAGUCCAGGGGGUCUCGGUGCACUAUUUGUGGAAGCUAUUGCAGUCGCAGAUCCUGAACUAGCUAUCCUUGCCGGUCGUAGUGUGAGCAAGCUUCAGCAAACUGCAGAUAGUCUUGCUGCAAAGUACCCCAACCUCAAGACCAAACUUCUGAUCAUUGACCUCGGUUCCCUCCGUUCUGUUCGUGCUGCUGCAGAAGAGGUCAAUGGAUGGUCAGACGUUCCCAAGAUCGACGUCCUGGUCAAUAAUGCGGGAAUUAUGGCGACAGACUUUAAGCUCACAGAGGAUGGUUUCGAAAACCAAUUCGCAUCGAACCAUCUGGGUCACUUCCUGUUUACGAAUCUGAUCAUAGACAAGAUCCUUGCUUCAGAGACGCCUCGAGUGGUCAGCGUUUCCAGUAAUGGUCACCGUCUGGGGCCUAUUCGAUGGGGUGACCCCAAUUUCAGCAACGGUGAAAGAUACAACAAGUGGAGUGCCUAUGGGCAGUCAAAGACAGCAAACAUGUUAUUUGCCAUCUCUCUUGCUGAGAAACUCGGCAGUCGUGGACGCCAAGCGUUCUCCCUUCAUCCAGGCGCAAUCCUUGAUACUUCUUUGGCUAAGCAUCUAGAUAACUUGGAUAGUCUGGUCGAAGCUGAUCGUGCAAUGGGAGACCCCUGGGGUUGGAUGGAUUGGUCGACUGUCCCAGUUUCCUCUGAGGUCGGUGCUGCAACACACGCGUUUGCUGCUUUCGAUCCUGGUCUCAAGGUCAGACCAUGGGCGACGAGUUCAACAGAGGCAGAGUUGCUUUGGAGGAAAAGUGAGAAGAUGAUUGGUCAAGAAUUCUCUUUUUAG